UUUUAACAUAAACAUGGUAUGAUGAAACUAAGUGAAACGGUGAUAUGAAAGUUUACUUCAAAUGUAAUAAGUUUAGUUUAUUACUGUGAGUGUUUGAGUGUAAAUGAUUAGUAUAUUAAAAUUAAUUACACAACUGAGAUUGCGGUAAUAGUUUUUCCUUAAAUAUAUGUUUUACUUGAGAUAAAUCGUUGGAUUGAUGAACAACCUUUUUGACUGAUUUCAAAAAUUUUCAAAAUGAGUCAACCUUCAGAAGAGCUCCUAUUUAAGUUAAAUGAAAAGAUUAACCAUGGAGAAAAACUUGUUGAACAGUUAAAUAGUAUGCAAGAGAUCGAAGGAGUUUUUAAAAUGAAGAGAAAAAUUUUACAAGAAAUUGAUUUCUUGAAAAGGGUACAAAAUUCAAAGAAAGUUAAAGAGGAACAUUUGUCUUGCUCAAAUUUACGACACUUGGGAGCCAUGGUUGAGUGUGCGAUGCGACCUGGUACUAUGUCUGUUUGUAAAAUAUUCCAUGUAAAUGAAGAAAGUAAACAAUUAGUUGACAUUAUAAGUGACGAUGGCAAAACAUGGACAAAAGUGAUAGCCCGAAAUCCAAAGUCAUUAUCAGCACUUAGUUCAGGCAAUGCCUCAUAUGGUGCACGGUCCAUACUGGAUCAAGCUGAGGAUUAUUUAACAUGUGCAAAACUAUACCCAUGUAUGUAUCUUUCACCCAAGGUUGUGUUUGAAUUUGUUAGUGGAAUUGAAGAAACACUCGCUAAUAAGUUAAAAGCAAAGGGUAUUAUAGUGAAAGGAACAAUAUUACCUGAUUCCAAAAAACAUGAAGAAAUUAAUGAUUCUUAUGAGUCCAGUGAUGAAGAAAUAUUUGAAAGGUGCCAGGUUACAAUGGAGGAUGUAUCACAGUGUAUUGAAGACCAUAUAGAUAUAAAUAUAUUAAACUUGGAUGUAACAGCAAUGAUGGCUUAUGUUAGUAAUAUGACAAAUGGAUUCUGCCACUAUGUGUUCAAACAAGAUGUCCUCACCCAGCAAGCAGCAUGGGAGGCUGAACGACCUGUAAAACCUAUAUUGGAAAAACUAUUUGAAGGUAAAACUUUAAUUUCCUGCAAAACAGCUUGGUAUAAUUUCGAAAAAAUUGUGGAAACAUUAGGAGGUCCGAUGGAGAAAAAACGUACAGCAGACUUAAAAGAACUAGUGACUGUAUAUGAAGACGAUUAUGGAGGGCAGAACGAUUAUCCGCGACAGAAUUUGAAAGUAAGGGGUCAUGUGCGAUUGAGAUCAAAAAUAAUUUUCAAUUUCGGCCAUAGACUCAAAGCACUUACUGUAUCGGCAAAUGAGGGUUUUGUAAGAGCUGCAGCACAACAGGGAGUCACAUAUGCAACUUUUAUUCACGAGUCACGAGCUUUGACUGAAGGAAAAGAAGCGACAGCUGAAAAGAUUUUAUGAUAUAAAUUAUUCCGUUAUAUCUGAA